AUGGAUCAUCCAUUAUCCUUGAAAUUGGCUUCUCUAAGCCUCGUUUCUCAGCACAAACUAGAAUGUAUUUUGUCUACAUGUGGAAAUAAAAUAGAUUUUAUUAUUGAUCCAAUGCUUAUAAAGCCUUUAGAAAGGAUUUGUGGAGUUACUUGGCUUAGACAACAUGGGGUGGAUAAAAUCUACAAAAUGGAUCCACAACUAGGUGCAACAGCCAAUACUAAACGAGCAUACUUAAUACCUGCAUGUAUUCAGAAGUAUAAAUGUGUACUAGACCAGAUAGCUUCAGUACUGAGCCUAAAUCCAUCUCUUUCGGAAACAAAGUGUUUUCACAUUAUCAUAGUCCCUAAAACUAUGUCUACAUAUGACUCUAUACUUGAAAGCAAAGGCUUAUAUGAUAUUGUUCAACUACAUUCAUUUUCCUGGGAACUAUUUAAUUUAGAUGACCAAUUGUUAAGUUUAGAAUUACCUUUUCUAUACAAGCAAGUUUUUGUUGAGCAAAAUCAGUCACUGUUGAGUAGUAUUGCUAUGUCAUUGUGGAGUUUGUUUCAUGUAACAGGCCAUCCUAAGUGUAUUUUAUCUCUUGGUAAAGUUUCAUCAAGUGUUUUGGAUGUUUUGGAAGUAUAUAAAGAAAGUUAUCAAAGGGAUUUCAUAAAUUUAGAUAAAAGUCAAGAUUUUGGGUCAUUAAUUAUUAUGGAUAGAGAUCAAGACUAUGCAUCUAGUCUGCUGACACCUGCCACAUACACUGGCCUUUUAAAUGAGAUAUUUAGUAUUAACUGUGGACAAUUAGAUCUUAAUGUUAAGGAAACAAAAAUAAAGAAAGGUAAGGUAAACUUCACAACGGAGGAAAAAUCUGAUAAAAAAACUGUUAUAACAUUAGAUAGUUUCACUGACACCUUAUAUGGAGAAAUAAAACAUAGACACUUCUCAGAAGUUUUAAGUGUUUUAAGUUCUAAAGCAAAGCUCUUAAAAAAUGAGGACAUUAAAGCGUUAGGUAUUCAAGAAAUGAAAGAUUAUGUCACUACAAAAUUACAACAAGUUACGCUAUUUAAACAUAAUUUAGUUAACCAUGUAUUAGCUUGUGAAACAAUUAUAGCAGAAAUGAAUAAUAAAUUUGAGAAUUUGACACAAACAGAAUGUGAAAUGUUAAACAAUCGAAAUAAGAAAGGAAAUUAUACUUAUGUAGAUGAGCAUUUUGGAACGGAUAUUCAUGUUUAUAAUAGCUUACGUCUUAUGUGUUUGUUAAGUUUAACCCAAGGUCUGUCUUAUGAUGAAUACAAUUCAUUAGUAAGUAAAUACUUAUUAGCUUUUGGAUAUAAGUUUUUGUAUGUUUUUAAUAAUUUAAUUAGUGCUGGACUGUUAGUGCAGCCAUCUAGCCCCAAAUUAUCCCUCAAUAUUAGCCAUUUAAGUAACCUAAGUGAGAGAUUACCCAAAUGGCAGACUGCAUUUCAGAAUACUGCAAAUAAACUCAAGCAACUACCACAAACUGAAUCUGAAAAUUCUCCUGGGUAUGUCUUUAAUGGGAGUUAUAUUCCAUUAGUUGCUGCUUUGUGUAAUACUUUAUUGACAUCUGAAUCUCUUCUUGAAGUACUAAACAAACUAUCUCCAUUAAAUGAUUUAAAAGUUGGGGGUGCUGUUAUUGAUAAACAGAAAAUAGGAAUGGAGACAUUAAAUGAAAAAUUAUCAAAUUUGUCAUUAAAUAAUUUGGAACUCAGUUGUAAAGAUGCAAAGACAAUUUUGAAAAUAUUAAAAAGUGACAGUAAAAUGAAUGGAGGAAUUAAUAUAAAGCCAAGAACAGUAUUGGUGUAUAUUAUUGGUGGAGUAACAUAUGCGGAAAUUGCUGCUUGUGAGGUGGUUCAAACUAUUACAAACAGUAAGAUAUUCAUUGCCAGCGAUUGUGUAUCUAGUGGCAGUGAUGUUAUGGCUGCAAAUGUAUAA